AUGGAGAUCAUCGGAACGGCAGCCUCUAUCGCCACCUUGGUUGAGGUGCUCAAAGUAGCAGUCGAGCUUCAACAACGCCUGCAAGACGCGCCCUCGGAAAUUGAUAGGACACUCCGUCAUGUGCAAUUUGUUGCGCUGCAAUUGCGCACGCUCAUGGAAGUGGAAAGAAGCAUUGAGCGGGUUGAUGAACUGGAAAGAUCCUGUGCGGCAAUGCUGCGACAAUGCCAUCAUGGCAUAUCCGCGGUUCGCGCCUCCCUUGCCUCGACAGUUGGCCAAAAACACGGCAAGCGACUUCGUUGGGCGCUGCUUGGACGAGCAAGAAGCAAGGAGUUCAUGAUAGAACUGGCCUGUCUCGACAGCUCGCUGAGUGUGGUACUGAAUAUACUACAAUGUCGCCGACUCGACGUGCUCUGUGAUACAGUGAGCAAAUUCAAACAGGACAUGUCCAUGAGCACCUUUCCCGCACGCACUGCCAGGCCAUCUCACUACUGUAUCCACUGUCGCCAGAAAUAUCCAGAUCUAGCCGCAAAGACAAUCAAAUCAGUACCUCACCGCAAAUCAACGGGACUAAGGCAAUGGAAGUGCUUCUACCCGGAACUGGUUCGCUUGACCAUGCAAGCUGCUUAUUCAUGUGACUCGAGCCGGAAUACAUCGUCCCUGUUGCUCCGGCUGGAUGUGAUGUCGCUUUUCGGGCUACAAUUCGAGUUUUCCGGCUGGAUCCCUAGUUUCCGCAUCGACAGAAUCAUGCUCGAUUUCAAAUACGUUGUGCCCGAAGACGAUCCUUUCAUGGUAGCUUGUGGGGCCGGCGAUGUCAACCUCGUCCAGGAACUGUUGCUGAAGUAUCCCGGCAUUUCACACUACCGGGAUACCUGGGAGCAAUCACCGCUGGGCGUCGCCAUUGCAGCUGGGCAUGGUCACAUCUGCAGGCUCCUGAUCGACAAUGGUGCCAAAGUAGACUCGACCUUUGGCAUGUACCACACGUCGACACUUUCAUGUGCUCUACGGCACAGGAAUCUGCAAAUCGCGCGGCUCCUGAUCGCAGAAGGCGCACAGUUCGAUCAUACCAACGCGUGGGGCUGGUCUGCCUUCUUCUACCUCUGGUCGGACACCGUCCAGCAAGAGCAGGCCUCGGACCUUAUAGACCUCCUGCGAAGCCAGAGCGAGGUGGACUGGCAAAGCCUACACCGCGGCAUUGUGGACGACGCAGGUUGGACUGUCCUUGCUCGGUGCGCCGUCUUCGGCACGCCAGAAGACAUGCUCACCCUGAUCAGAUAUGGAGUCGAUCCGACCGAGGGACCCCCAGCGUCAGGCUGGACGGCCUUGCAUGUGGUUGUUCAACACGGUGCGGAGGAUGCAUUCUUCUCGCUUCUCCCGUGGUUUCUGGACCACGGGGACGUUGACCUCCCGGAUUUCACAGGCUGGACUCUGCUCCAUCUUGCCGUGGAGAAUGGGAAUCCUAAUAUCAUCCGCCAACUGCUGCAGAAUGGGGCAGACUGGCGCGCGAGGACGCUGCCGUCAUGCGACAAGGACAUUCCUGAGUCGGUACGGGGGAUUUCUGCCUCGACACUUCAGAUCGCGGCAUCAUGCGGCGAUCAGAGAUAUCUCGACUUUCUUGACGUCCUGGAUGAUUUGGGCUUCCUUGAUGAUGGCGCGGGAGAUGGAGUUGGCGACGGAGACGUCUGGUUCGACGCCGUGGUGGACCAAAGUUGA